UUAAAAACAGAGAGGGCUUGACAACGUUAUCAUACGGAAAAUGCGGAACUCCGUUACCCCGGUCGGAGUUUAGGAGUAGAACUCCGUAGAUUACAUGGGGCUCUUGGCUCUGUGUGUUCAUCGCCCGUUCGGGCCUUCUCCCCCACAAUCCUCAACGCCCCGUUAAGUUAUUCCCAGAUAAAAAACCCGUCGUCAGGACCAACGAGGGCGUUAAAGCUCACCAAUCAGAAUUGUCUUUAUUUUUCUUCAUUUUCGUUCGAUUGUAGUUAGUUCUAUUUGCGUAAAGAUUAGAUCGAGGAGCAAUGGACGGUUUUAUCAAUAAGCUUCGGAGCCUGGACGCGUACCCGAAAAUCAACGAUGAUUUCUACAGCCGUACGCUCUCCGGUGGCGUUAUCACUCUCGUCUCUUCUGUUGUCAUGCUUUUGCUCUUCAUCUCCGAGCUCCGAUUGUAUCUUCAUACUGCAACUGAAACAAAGCUUGUAGUAGAUACUUCCAGAGGUGAAACUCUACGGAUCAACUUUGAUGUCACAUUUCCUGCCCUUCCAUGCUCUAUACUCAGUCUUGAUGCCAUGGACAUAAGUGGAGAGCAACACCUUGAUGUGAAACAUGACAUAAUCAAGAAAAGAUUAGAUGCUCAUGGAAAUGUUAUAGAAUCAAGACAAGAUGGCAUUGGUGCUCCUAAGAUUGAAAAGCCAUUACAGAGACAUGGUGGUAGGCUCGAGCACAAUGAGACAUAUUGUGGCUCCUGUUACGGUGCAGAAACGUCAGAUGAAGAAUGUUGUAAUUCCUGUGAAGAUGUUCGUGAAGCAUAUCGAAAGAAAGGUUGGGGAAUGUCAAACCCUGAUCUGAUUGACCAGUGCAAAAGAGAAGGGUUUCUACAAAGGAUUAAAGAUGAAGAAGGUGAAGGAUGUAACAUAUAUGGAUUCUUGGAAGUCAAUAAGGUGGCGGGAAAUUUUCAUUUUGCACCUGGAAAAAGCUUCCAUCAAUCUGGUGUUCAUGUACACGAUCUGCAAGUGUUUCAAAAGGAUAGCUUCAAUAUAAGUCACAAGAUCAAUAGACUGACUUUUGGAGACUAUUUCCCUGGUGUUGUGAAUCCUCUGGACGGUGUGCUAUGGACACACCAAACACCAAGUGGCAUGUAUCAGUAUUUUAUCAAGGUUGUACCUACAGUAUACACAGAUGUGAGUGGGCACACUAUCCAGUCAAAUCAGUUUUCGGUAACUGAACAUUUUAUGAGUGCAGAACAAGCCCACUUUCAAGCUCUUCCAGGAGUAUUUUUCUUUUAUGAUCUCUCUCCAAUUAAGGUCACUUUCACGGAGGGGCAUAUUUCCUUUUUACACUUCCUAACUAAUGUGUGCGCCAUCGUUGGAGGAGUUUUCACUGUUUCAGGAAUCUUGGAUUCAUUUAUAUAUCAUGGUCAUAGGGCGAUCAAGAAGAAGAUGGAAAUUGGCAAAUUUAGUUGACGAUGGAUUUGGUUAGCAAUUGCUGCAGUUGUAUUUGGUUGCUUGGCCAGUAAUGGCUUUAUGGAGAGGGAUUAAAUUAAGAGAAGAGGAACUAUGCAAUUGACUCUCUCCAAAUUGUUGAAUGGGCCCCGCUGAUCACAAUUCACAGCUGAAGAGUUCUCAUUUAUGUGUUUGGUCACAGAAGGUUGAAUUCCUUAGUGACAGCUCCUUUUUGCCCAUUUUUACCAGUUUGUAACUUCUCUGUUAGGUACUGUUUGGAUAGUGAGAGUUUCUUUAAAUACCUCAUGAAUAGUUAUGAGAAGUUUUUGAUAGAGACCUAUUAAGAUCAUCCGGUUGAAAGAGUUAUAGGGUCUUUUCGUUUAUUGUUGGUGAGCUAACAGAGGUUUCGAACCGAGACAUGUUGAGGAUAAAUGAAGUUUUUCAAAGUAUAAUUGUGAAUUAUACUACAA